GCAAAGGAGUCCGGAGAGAAAAGCUGCAGAGGAUCCCAAGAAGAAGAAGAAGCAAAGGCAUCCCAAGAAGAAGAAGCAAAGACAAAGUAGCCCGGAAAGAACGGCUGCAGAGGAUUCCAAGAAGAAGAAGAAGCAAAGGCAAACUAGCCCGGAGAGAAAGGCUGCAGAGGAUUCCAAGAAGAAGAAGAAGCCAAGGCAAAGUAGCCCGGAGAGAAAGGCUACAGAGGAUCCCAAGAAGAAGAAGAAGCAAAGGCAAAGUAGCCCGGAGAGAAAGGCUAUAGAGGGUCCCAAGAAGAAGAAGGAGCAAAGGCAAAGUAGCCCGGAGAGAAAGGUUGCAGAAUAUCCCAAGAAGAAGAAGCAAAGGCAAAGUAGCCCGAAGAGAAAGGCUGCAGAGGAUCCCAAGGAGAAGAAGAAGCAAAGGCAAAAAAGCCCGGAGAGAAAGGCUGCAGAGGAUCCCAAGAAAAAGAAGAAGCAAAGGCAAAGUAGCCCGGAGAGAAAGGUUGCAGAGGAUCCCAAAAAGAAGAAGAAGCAAAGGCAAAGUAGCCCGGAGAGAAAGGCUGCAGAAGAUCGCAAGAAGAAGAAGAAGAAGCAAAGGCAAAGUAGCCUGGCUGCAGAAGAUCCCAAGAAGAAGAAGAAGACGCAAAGCCAAAGUAGUCUGGAGAGAAAGGCUGCAGAAGCUUCCAAGAAGAAGAAGAAGCAAAGGCAAAAGAGCCCGGAGAGAAAGGCUGCAGAGGAUCCCAAGAAGAAGAAGCAAAGGCAAAGUAGUCCGGAGAGAAAGGCUGCAGAGGAUCCCAAGAAGAAGAAGAAGCAAAGGCAAAGUAGUCCGGAGAGAAAGACUGCAGAGGAUCCCAAGAAGAAGAAGAAGAAUUAA